UUCUCAGUAGCAAGAGUCUAACUCAACUGUUCCUUGUCCGCCACGGCUCCGUUGAGCGUUGACGCCUAAACGAGCGUUGGUGCCUCUGACUAUUCCACUCCAUGCUCCACCUGCUAGUGCGAUCCUUGUCGGGAACAGCGGCGCAUUGUCAGGCAAGUCAACUCGCCCGGCUCAUCGCUUUUGAUCGACCUGCUGACCAAACCCGCAUCUGUCGGUUGCGUCGAAUCAUUGGAGCCAUCGUCACCGACGAGCACAGAGUCGGUUCCGACGAGCUAUAUAAAGAACGCGCGAGAUGGCACCGAUGAUCCAGACCACAUUCCAGUCGCAAUCAUUAAUCGAAAGACCACACAGUCACUGUCAGAGUGAGAGCCCUGACUGACCUUGCGACCGAGCACCGAGCAGCAUGAAGGCAGCCGUGAGCUGGGGCUCCCUGGGCUCGCUCGUCGCCACCGCCAUGGUGGUGCGCGCGGCGGUGCGCGACGUCCUCCCGCCGGAGGCGCACGGGGCGCUGCGGGCGCUGCUCGCCCGCGCCGCGGCCGCGCUCGCCCAGCCCACCGACGCCAUCUUGGUCCACGAGGUGGACGCCAACGGCGUGCCCAACGAGCUCUACGACGCCGCGCAGCUCUACCUCGGGGCGCGCUGCCUCGCGUCCGCGCCCGCGCUGCACCUCCACAAGGCGCACGGCGCGCCGGAGGCCGUGGCGUCGCUCCCGGACGACCACGCCGCGCGCGACACGUUCCGGGGCGUCCGCUUGCAGUGGACGUCGCGGAGCGCGGAGGCGCCGGGCGGCGGCGGCGCCGCGUGCUACGCGCCGUUCCGCUGCCCGCGCGGCGGGUUCGGGGCCCCCGGAGGCGCCGGCUGGCAGCAGCGGUGCCUGAGGCUCGAGUUCCCGCGCCGCCACCGCGACGUCGUGCGCGGCGCGUACAUCCCCCACGUCCUCGCCGUGGCGGCGGCGCUGCGGCUCAAGAUGCGGGAGCGGAAGCUCUACACCAACAACCCCAUGUACGGCGGCGGCGGCGGGAUGUACGACCACCAGAUGCUGUGGUCGUCGCACCCGUUCGCGCACCCGUCCACGUUCGACACGCUCGCCGUCGACCCGGCGCUCCGCGAUGGCGUCCGCGCGGACCUGCUCCGCUUCGUGCGCCGCCGGGAGCACUACGCGCGCGCCGGUCGCGCGUGGAAGCGCGGGUACCUGCUCCACGGCCCGCCGGGCACCGGCAAGACCAGCCUCAUCGCGGCCAUCGCCAACCUCCUCGAGUUCGACAUCUACGACCUCGAGCUCACCGCGGUGGGCUCCAACUCCGACCUCCGGCUGCUGCUCGCCUCGACGCGCCCCAAGUCGCUCAUCGUCGUCGAGGACAUCGACUGCUCCCUCGGCCUAUUCGACCGGACGAGGACGUCGUCGCCGGGCCAAGACGACGAGUUCGACGACCCUGCAGGAACGCCGCGUCCCCUCCGCAUGUCGCCGUACCCACCGCGUGGCCGGGAGAGGAUCAGCCUGUCCGGCGUGCUAAACUUCGUCGACGGGCUCUGGUCGUCGUGCGUCGGGGAGCGGCUCAUCGUGUUCACCACCAACCACGUGGACCGCCUCGACCCGGCGCUGCUCCGGCCCGGCCGCAUGGACCGCAAGAUAGAGCUCGGCUACUGCAAGGCCCACGCGCUGCGCGUGCUCGCCAGGAACUACCUCGGCGACGACGAUCGUGGGCCGGCUGACGACUGCAGGUACGAGAAGCUGAUCGGAGAGGCAGAGAGGCUGCUGGAGGAGGUGCAUUUGACGCCGGCCGAUGUCGCGGAGGUGUUCAUGGGGUGCGACGGCGACGGAGCCCCCGCCGCGCUGCAGAAGCUCGUUGACGACCUCAACAGCAAGAGGAUUGCUCAGAAAUGCGCAGUGAGCAACAACGACGGCUGACGAUCGGUCGCUGUCAAGUUGUCACCUAUCAACAAGAAGUGCUAUCAACAAAAUUAGAAGGGUUUGGUCGUGUUCGGAUCCUAGUGCUAAUACACAAAGGUACUAAAUUUAAGCACAAGCACUUCCAAACAAAAGUGCUAAUAAGGGUGUUAAAGUUUAGCUAAAUUCAAAAAUAAAGGCAAAACAUUAGAUGGGAAAAAGAGGCUAAUGAGUGUUAAACUUUAGCGCUUGGCAUUAGCACCUUCCAAUAGGGCCUAAACAGCUUGAUCUGGUUUCGCCUACCUUAGCUAUAUGCCAGACUUCGGAAUGAUGACAGCAUGACCUGACAUCUACGCCGACCAUGUCGAUUAUUCUACUCCCUAUUUUGUUCAUCUGAAACAACAGAAGACAUCGGUUACAUUGCCUCCAUCACAGCUUCCAUCAUGCUCUAAUGAUCAAUGCAUUAGUCUUCUACUGUACUACACACACGGGUACCAAAUGAUUUGCCAGGUCGUUGAACUCCAUUGCCAUUACAUGCAGUUGUUAAGCUCCUCUUGCAGCUUGUCUCCCUCCUUGCCGAGAGGA